UAUGUUAUCACGUGAAGCGGAAAAUAAUAGUGAACUUGGAGCUCAUCAGUCUUGUGACUCCACCCUCGGCGGCGGCGUGGGCGGCCAUUGGCUCGCCGCCCACUUGACGCUCGGCGAGUGAGUGGCGCUGAUUGGCGAGAACUAAACUGUUUAAGACUUGUAAUGUAUUACAACGAAAUUAAAUGUAAGGAUUCUUGCCUUCUCUCCGCCUUGAAUGCUGCGUACAUAUGCUCCAGGUGUACCUGACGGCAGGAAAGUGUUCUUUGCAAUGUUACGAGCGUCAGCACCCAUGGGCGGCCCUUCACUGGACGGCAGUAGCGCUCGGCGUUGACGACCCCUGGCACCUGCGUUGGGGGCGGGGAGCCGCGGCUCCGCCUCUCGCGGCCGGCACCUCCUCAUCGUCUUGACUGUUCAUCAGUUGGUCAUCACUCUGUACAGCGGGUGGACACUUCAGUCUGAGUUGUUGGCAGCUAAUUAGUGGAAUAUGAGGUGCCAGUGAUGUACCAAUCCAGUACUCGGGACUCGGUAAUCUAGUCUUCUGUGCCGCCAAGCUCACCUUCCCGAAGUCCGGUACGCCCUAAGCUCGCGACUAGCCCCAGUUUGUGACUCGAUACGCUGCACUGCGCAGGUGCAAUACGGAAAUUUACUUUCGCAUAAACAGUUUACUUCUCGAGCGGAGGGAAAUCAAGACGGCGGUGUGUCACCCGAGGGAGAAGAGGAGCUGACAGCCGCCACCGUCCCCAGGCGAGGCUGGGCGGAGCGGAGCAGCGGCGACAGUCCGGCAGGUCUGCCCUGCAGGACCCCGCAGGCUGCACCGGCGAGGCACAGGCGGCCCUGACUCCAGCACCGGCCACACACACCUCGGGAGUUUGUGGGUGUCUCGCAAUAUUUUUGCCGCGUCAGUAAUGCUGGCAGGAGGUCUCGAAGAAGCCAUGUCAGGGUGUAAACCCCGCGCCACCGACUUCUCUAUCGCGGCCAUCAUGUCUCGAGGGUCGGCGGCGGCGGCGGCAGCGGCAGCUGCAGCGUCGGGACUACGCCGCGCCGUCUCCCCGGGACUGCCGCCUCUAGAAAAGCUCCCGGAGACCAGCAUCAAGUCCGAGGAUGAGCUGGACGACGGCGGGGACAUCGAGACGGAGGACAUUGACAUCGACGUGGUGUCCGACAAGGAGGACUGUGACGUGGACAGCACAAAGGACCCCCUCGACAGGCCGUGCUCCAAGAGUCCUGAAUCCACCUCCUCCGACUCCCCCUCCUCCCACAAAGAGAGCAAAGCCAGCAAGUUGGAGAUGAAGUCGAAGGGUAACUGUCCCGAGCUGGAGACCGUCGACUGCCACUUGGAGACGAAGGAGCUGUGGGAGAAGUUCUUCGAGUUGGGCACCGAGAUGAUCAUUACCAAGACGGGCCGACGCAUGUUCCCCACCGUCCGCGCCUCCUUCGUGGGCCUCAAGUCGGAGCAACGGUACUCGGUCCUCCUCGACAUCGUGCCCGUCGACAACAAGCGCUACAGGUACGCCUACCACCGCUCGUCGUGGCUGGUGGCUGGCAAGGCCGACCCACCGCCGCCCUACCGCCUCUACGCCCACCCUGACACGCCCUACACCGGCGACCAGCUCAAGAAGCAGAUCGUCAGCUUCGAGAAAGUGAAGCUCACCAACAACGAAAUGGACAAGCACGGCCAGAUCGUCCUCAACUCCAUGCACCGCUACCAGCCGCGGAUUCACCUGGUGCGGCUCAAGGAGGGCUUCUCGGGGCCCAUCACGGACUUGGAGCAGGAGGACUACCGCACCUACAUCUUCCCGCAGACCGUCUUCACCGCCGUCACCGCCUACCAGAACCAACUCAUCACCAAACUCAAGAUCGACAGCAACCCGUUCGCCAAGGGGUUCCGGGACUCAUCGCGACUCACCGACUUCGAGAGUUACGAUCGUUACUUCGGUGCGCCGGGACUAAUGCAAACAGAUACGAUGGAGUCGAUGCUGGUGGACCCCCGCUACCUGGGCGCGCCGCUGCGGGGCUACAUGGAGCUCGACGCUGAGAACAACAACCUGCUGGAGAAAGCUCGGGCACAGCUCAUGUGGGACCGACUCGCCGCCAUCACCGCCCCGCCCGGAGCUUCCGGCGCCAGCCCACAGGUCGCCGCCGCUGCAGCAGCCGCGGCAGCCGGCCUCCUGCCACACUCGAUGCCGCAGCUUUACACCCUGAACCACUCCCGCGGCAACCCCUCGCCCUCACCCCUGCCGCUGCCCGCCCACUUGUGGACCCAGUGGACGGCCCUGCACGGCCUGGGGGCUCCCGGGCCCACGCUGUCCCACCUCACGGCGCCCCACACCUCCGCCGCCUCGCACCUCCCCCACUCGGCCCUCUCCGCCGCGCCCUCCUCGUCCUCGCCCUCCGUGUCACAGGCGGCGGCGGCGGCAGCCCUCACGCGGCCACUAUUCCCCGCGCCGCUCAACCUGCACCGGUACUCCCCCUACUUCCUGCCCAAGACCUCGCCCUCAGACCCCCGGGAACACGCCCUCCCUGACCACCAGUCCUAGAAGCGGCGGCAGCGGCGGCGGCCAGCCUGAGGGUCACCGGGGGGCGGCGAGCCCUCGGGAGGCCGGGCCGCAGCACUAACACACACUUCCCCUCCAGUGCCCGCGGGUGCCUAGGCUCCUGAACAGUUGAUAAUAACCGUAUGUGAUAGCCAGACUGACCCAGGUGUUGCGGCGCAGGGGUGGCGGCAGCGUCGUGCACACCCACCGCGCGGCGCCGCCAGACUCCGGGACUGGCGGCGAGAGACAACACGGUACAACUACAAAGACGUACAAAGUUUUUCUUUAUCCACUGAACCGCGUCUGCGGCCGCCAGAUGUGUGCCAGUGAACCUUAAAGAGUUCCUUCCUGUCCCUCACGACCCCAAGGCACGUACACAAAGAGAGAAAAAGAAAACAUUUGCUUUCCUUGCCUUGCCCUUGCACCUGGCGCCCGCCGAGGCCCAGGUGAGCCGGACGGCGGACAGGGAGGGACGGGGCGCGGGAGCAGGUGCCGCGCUCGUGAUGGAGUGAGUGAAAAGGGAAAGAAAAAAGUUCGAACAGUUUCCUUGUGAAGGUGAACACGAACGUUGCAGGAAGCGUCAUGUCAAGUAAUGAGGAAGUUUAUGUGUGUGCAUGUGUGUACGUGUGUGUGUGUGUGUGUGUGUGUGUGUGUGUGUGUGUGUGUGUGUGUGUGUGUGUGUGUGUGUGUGUGUGUGUGUGUGUGUGUGUGUCCAGGGCGGUCAGAGAGAAGUGGGGUCAAUUUUCCCACCUUCAACCCCCAACGAUAACAUAACACGAUCUCCCCAUCUUUCUCCUCCCUCUCCUUCCUUUCUUCUUACUCCUCCUACUCCCCCUUCACUUUCCUCUUCCUUCUCCUCCCUGACACAAGAGCAGACACCUAUCAGUCCUGGUAUACUGGCAGGACGCUGAACUCAGGGCCAAAGAUGAAAAUUUUGCAGCCUGUUAUGAGUGCGAGAGUGUGUGAGCGAGGGCGACCAUAAGCAAACUAAGAGAAUAAACAAGUAAACAAGUAAACAAACAAAGCAACAGAGAGAGAGAGAGAGAGAGAGAGAGAGAGAGAGAGAGAGAGAGAGAGAGAGAGAAUCAUUUAUAGUUUCAAUCAAUACCUCCCUUCUGUUCCUUUGCUUCAAGAGUCACUUAGCGACCUUUUGUUACCUUGUCCCUAUAAGUUACACACCUGUUGUCACCUGUAUGUUUCUCCUUGAUUGGGCUUUACUUGAGUGUCUUCUUGUCAGGUAGAACGGCGCUAAUGACUCUGCUAUAGGCAUGUCUAGGAAAGAGCAAUGGUGGUAAAGAAAGGAGGGAUGAAGGAAAGCUGAAAGAAGAGAUGUCAGAUAAAGGAGAAAAGAUGACAUAAAGAAGCUUAGAAAGAGAAAAUGGAAGAGAAAAAAGGACUGUAAGAAUGCAUAUAAAGGGAAUAGGAGAGAGCGAUGGGGAGAGGAAAGAGGAAGGAAGGAAGGAAUAGGUAAGAUUGAGAGGAAGCAUAAGAAAAGAAUAAAGAAUAAAGGAAAAGGACUUAGAAAGCAUAGGAGGAAAAGGCGGAUAGGCGAGGGAGAAUAAGACUGAAAGGAGGAAAGAGAAGGAAUAGGAAAAGGAUGAUUAUGAUGAAAUGUAUCUUAAGAGGAGGAGGAAUGGAAGAAAAACAAACUUAGAACGUGUCAUUGGUACAUAAAUUCAUAAAACUCGCGGUGAGGCAAAUAAAAUAUGAUGAAAAGAAAUAGAGGGCCAUAAUCCUCUCUUCAUGUAAUAUUCCUUAGAGCCAGCAAAAUUAAAAAAAAGAACACGAUAAAAGGAAUUUGGGAUAUACUAACAAGUAAUGAAGAAUAUCAAAACCUACAGUAUGUUUCUCCAUUAGGAUAUAAAUAAAAAAAAGGGAGAAAAAUGUGGAGUAUUGGAAACACGCAUUAGCUACCCGCCUCUUUGCGCAACGGUUAACGUCUAUACAACAACAAGCUCUUCCUCCCUAAGCCAUUCCCGAGAUAAGUUCCACUAACAUCGAUAAACCAAACACCUACGUUCCCUACAAGCUUCCCAUGAUCCAUCUUUACGGUUUGUUAAUGGAUACAUCUAACACAUUAUAAAUCUUGUGUGUUAGAGAUGGCAUGGCGAAAAUAGGCUGAAAAAUAAGAGGAAGUGAAGUAUUUGGAAUUUAACGACGAUGAGAACCUUUUUAGGAGCUUAUGUUGGUUUCUGAGUUGGUCAUAAUGGCUGCCACCUCUUAGUUGGGGAGAGUUUAGAGAUGCCGCCGUUCAUCCUUCUUUCUCUUGCGUCUUGUUAUUCGUGUCGUUGUCGUCGCAGUUGUUGUCGUUGUGGUCGUUGUUGUUGUUCUUGGGUUGCGUUGGCGGCGGCCCUGAGGCACUGACUGAUGGUCCCGAGUGCCUUGUUGUCCCUCACUAAGAAUACCAGUGCCAAAGGGUGCUAGAGGUGGUGGUGGUGGUGGUGGUAGAGGUGGUGGUGGUGAUGGUGGUGUUGAUGGUAGAGGUGGUGGUGGGGAUGGGGGUGUUGAUGGUAGAGGUGGUGGUGGGGAUGGUGGUGGUGAUGAGGAGGAAUGUGGUUAAUAUUUCUCUCUCUCUCUCUCUCUCUCUCUCUCUCUCUCUCUCUCUCUCUCUCUCUCUCUCUCUCUCUCUCUCUCUCUCUCUCUCUCUCUCUCUCUCUCUCUCUCUCUCUCUCUCUCUCUCUCUCUCUCUCAAGGUAAAAUAAUAGUUAGAAUAUUUAAUUUCUUCUUAUUUCAUCCUUUUCUUCUUUUACUGUCUCAUUCCCUGUCAGUCACAAGCAGGAUACGUGAUUGUUGUUAUCCCUAUUUUCUUCCCCCAUUCCCCUAACUAUUUUCAUUUUUGUCCCUUUUAUUCUCGCGAUCCAUCCGCCUACACUUUAUUCUCGUAUUCUUUCCCUUUUCUUUUUAUUCUUUUUAUUUUGUUAUGUAUGUUCUCUUGUUAUGUACGAAUGCAGGCGUCUGUCUAUGUAUACGUGUGUACGAAUAUGCACAAAAAGUAUGUAACCUUGUAUGUAUGUAUGUAUGUAUGUAUGUAUUACGUGUGAGUCACCAGUGUGUACAUAUAUAUAUAAAACUGUCAUGGAGAAGGAAGCGAAACAUGACGGAAGGAAAGAAGGAGGAAGGAAGGAAGGAGUAAAGGAAGGAAACAAGGAAGAACGACAAUGAUAAACAAGUAAACAAGGAAAGGAACCUCUGUACAUAUAUAAAACUGUAAAUAGAUAAAAAAACCGAUGUGAUUCUUUUUUGUUCAUAAUAAUUCUGUUACGACUUGUUCUAUAGAGCAGAAGGCGGCGAUGUCUUUCUUAAGUAUUUAUUGUACACAUCUCUCCUUGGUAUGUAGAAUAUAUAUAUACAUAAACAUAUACAUUAUUUUUAUUCUACGUGUGUAUAUAUAUGUUUCCCCACUUUUUUUAUUUCGUAAAUUAUUUUGCCAUCGCGGACGAACGAACGAGUUGACGACGUCGACCUCAGCUGUACAUACUGACCAGGUGACCAAUUCAAUACAUGUGAUCCAAGUUUCCAC